GGUUAUAAAACCAAAACACUGUGCGCUUAGAAUUGUGGGUAAACAUGUCUGCGCCCUGUCUCCAUCCCGAGGACCACCUUACCAAUGCGGUAACGGAGUUAUUCAAAUUGUAAGCAAGAGCCUCUAACUACAGAACAGCGGGCGGUUUCGUGUACACAUUCAAGCUGAAGAUGUCGGAGAAUACCCAGAAGGACGGCAUCUCUGGAAGUGGACUCUCAAGAGCUGCGAUUGCUGAAAUGCUGGCGAGUAAUUUCGAGAGACUGCCUGACAUUGAUCAGAAAAUCUUCAUCUACGGACCCAUGUAUCUGGGUGGAAAUGGUGGCCUUGCAGGAUUGAUCUCCAACAGCUUGUACCGCAGAGCUCUGAAUGUCACACAGGCGCCCAUCGCUUCCAGCCUGCCGAUGGCCGUGCUGCCCUUCCUCACAACAUUUGCCCUGUACAACGCAGCAGUGUCCGGCCCCCUCCUGUCCGGUGACCUCAACUGUCCCACCUGUGCCCUGAUGCGAGGUGCACUUGUUGGUGUGGUCGGUGGGGGGGUGUACCCCAUCCUCCUGGCAUUACCUGUGAAUGUUGGGCUUGCAACCAGGUACAGCACAGCACCGAUGCCAGAGAAGGGCAAUCUGCUCCGGUACUGGGCGGACCUCUCCAAACCGAUCCUGAGGAGAAUGAGGGCUGUGCUGGUGCUUCAGGUUUUCUUCGGCACUUACCUGAGCUCCAGGCACUUUGAAUCGUACACCAAACUUGCUCAGAUAACAUUUGGCUCAGCUGGAGAGGAACUCAAAGACUAAAAUGCACUCACCCUUAAAAUAAACAUGUUGCUUUCAUUGAUAA